AUGAAAAUAUUACAAUACACGGUUCAAGCAGAUGAAAUCGCUGAAAGGGUCGACACUAAAUAUUUUGAUAUUAAGCACGUUGAUUUAAAGUUAUAUAAAAGUUUUUCAAUAACGUAUAAAUUUGAAAGCAGGUUUAUUAAAGCAGAUGAAUCAGUUCCAUUACCUGCUCUUAGCCCUUGA